CAUUUCCUAUCUUUUCUUUCCUGUAGACCGGUAAGUACCCUUUGCAACACAUCACCGGAAAAAAACCAUUUUUCAGUCACCGGAAAAAAUGACAGAUUCCGAUGGAGGAUGUUGUAGAUGUUGCUGUAGCUUCAUCUUCACUCUGGGUCUAACAGCACUUUUCAUGUGGCUGAAUCUACGUACUUCAAAUCCCAAGUGUUCUAUACAAACUUUUUACUUAUCAAUGCCAUCACUUAAUGAAACCUUGAACCUCACAGUUGACCGUACCUUAAACCUCACGCUGAGGCUAGACAACCCUAAUAAAGACAAAGGGAUCAAGUAUGAUACUUUGAAUGUCACAGUUUAUGAUUUUCCAAACAAAAGUCAUGUCCUAGGUAACAUUUUGGUGCCGGGGUUUUACCAGGGUCACAAAAAGAAGGCUACAAAGCCUGUUCAAGGGACUGCUAACACGACGGUGGCUUUACAGGUGGUUUAUGAGAACCGAAUGGGGGUUUUCCGGGUAGAUAUGGCCACGGCGGUGAAGUUUAAGAUCAUGUUCUGGUAUACAAAGAAGCAUAAGAUUAGCGUAGGAGCAGAUGUGGUGGUCAACUCCAGUGGUUUUAAGGUUGAGCCUAAAGGGAUCAGGCUUAAAUCUAUGGCACCAAAGAUGGGAAGUUUUUGUGUGGUGGUGGGAGCUUUGGUGAAUUUCUUGGUCUUUGCUUUGCUUAAUUUUUGGUGAUUCUUUCAUUUUCCGGAACAUUUGAAUUAAUUGUUUGUUUGAUUAAGCUGCAUUGAACAUUUGAAUCAUUGAUACAUGAAAUUUUGAUUUGAAUUUAAGAGUUUUCUGCUGUUAAUUUUGAUUUUCUGGGCGUUUUCUUUUGCUUGUUUAGCUAAUUCUUGGGCAGUGGAAAGCA